UCAAGCUCAGAAGAAGAUCAGGAUAAAGAACGUGCACAUUUUGAAGGUGUGUUAAGAGCGUUUGAUACUUAUCUCGUUUAUUCCUUAGCAGCAAACAGUGCGAGAAGGAAAUCACUCUAUGCUCUACCUCGAUCACAUCGAUUAUUGUUCUCGUCUUUGGGACCAACACUUCCGGGGCCGCUACUGGAAAGCGAAGGAUCUGCAAAUGAAGAACAUUCUAUCAUCGCAGGUGGCAGAGGAUUCAAAGCCAGAUUGGACGAAAUCGAUGAUCGGAUACGUAGAAAUGCAGACUUUUUAUCGCAAAUCGUUUCCGAUUCAAAAGGAUUCUUGGGCGAAGCAGAAGAGUUGAGCAAGGGCGAGGCCAGAACAGACAGCACAGCAGGAGCAACAACUCAAAAGACAACAGUAGAAGCAGAUCAAAACGAGUCGAGCGGCAGUGGAAGUAGUGGUAAAGAUCGCCGUGGAACGUCUGGAUCGAAAAGUACAACAUCAUCCUCCAAAGAAGCAGGGAAGGAGAAGCCGGUGUCGAGUCAUGACGUUGACAAAGUUCGAAGCACGUUAAAACAAUUCGUUCGUGAUUGGAGUGAAGAAGGUGCUUCAGAACGUGAAGCGGCCUAUGAUCCCAUUUUGGAAGCAUUGGAAAAGCGAUUUGCACACAUUCCGUCUGCCCAACGUGCACAGAUACGGGUCUUGGUUCCUGGUGCAGGUUUGGGUAGACUUGCUUUUGAGAUUGCAUGGCAAGGUUUUAGCUGUCAAGGGAACGAAUUUAGCUUUUUCAUGUUAUUGGCAUCACACUUUAUUCUCAAUAAGACUAUUUCGACAAAUCAACACGUUCUUUAUCCGUUCAUUCAUUCUUCUUCCAAUUGGAGAACGGCAACGGAUAUGUUACGUGCGAUCAAGAUUCCCGAUAUCAACCCGACUGAUUUGCCCUCCCAUAUUGACUUUUCAAUGGUUGCAGGAGAGUUUGUUGAAGUGUAUUCAAAAGAACAAGAACGUGGUGCAUGGCAUUCGAUUGCAACAUGUUUCUUCAUCGAUACUGCACGUAAUUUUGCACGUUAUUUGGAAGUGAUCAAUCAUGUUUUACCAAUUGAUGGCGUUUGGGUUAAUAUCGGACCGCUAUUGUGGCAUUUCGAAGGUGCAACAAAU